UAUACAAUUCAGAAAACUUCUAUUCCGCAUAUUCGUAUCUGGGACAGCGCCAGGCAUAUUUGGAACAAAACCCCCAGCGGUUCGAAAUACAUGGUCGUAUCCAAAGAAGGUAAAUGGAAACAGGGCGCAGCGCACAGCAACUUCGAUUUCGGCCAGUCUGUGUGUCUUUUUCCUACUACGAAUUUAUAUCCUCCGUAUCCUGGGAUACACGAUCUGGUGAUCUGAGUCAAGUGCUCGCAAACAUGUCGGAUUCGUCAAUAGCAGGCUUUUCGACAGUUUAGUUUCCCGCGACUCUACACGAUCCACGUAAAAACCAAUGACGUGGACGGGAAAAUGACGUUGCAUCAACGAAUUUGGCCGAGAAGCUUCGUUGAAUGUCACUUAUAGUUGGCUGAAACAGCCAGUU